AUGAGAUAUGGCUGUUGAUACUAUAGAUGACAUCGAUCCGAAAUAUGGUAAAAAAUUAGCCUACGAACGAAACUUCAAAGCCCCGCUAUGGCGUAAACGUUCCUGCACAGAUGUACCAUGCUUGUUGGUGUUUUUAGUCUUCCUGGGCGCAUGGGCUUUUGUUGCCCAAUAUGCCUUCCGGAAUGGUGACUUGAAUAAAUUGGUUGUGCCAACUGAUUCAUUUAAUAAAAAAUGCGGCAUUGAUUCCGGCGUUUUGGAUAAGAAAUAUUUAUUCUUUUUCAAUUUGGAUAAAUGUUUGGACCCACUGGUACCCAUCACAGGCUGUCCCACACCGCAAAUAUGUGUCCAACAAUGUCCCCAAGAGACAUUUAUAUGGGAUGUUAUGAAAAAUCAAUUAUCCGAUGCUGAAUUGAAGGCCCGCAUGAUCUGCAUCACCGAUGCCGAUAAGAAUGCCCUACGGACCAAAGAUGACAUGCAAAAAGCCAUCAAUGAGGAGCGUUGUGCCAGAUGGUAUAUCAAAAGUGCUCCAUUCUUGAAUCGUUGCAUAUGGGAAUUCUCGCAGAAAACUUGCGAAUAUAUUCCAUCGUUCCUAUUGCAACGCAGUGCAAGAGAUGUCUCCAAUGCAAAUGAUUUAACGACCAGCCAUGUUGAUCUCCACAAUGAAGAACAGUUACAGGCAUUGGCAUUGACCAUGUUCCCUGAUGCUCAACCCCUAGUUGCCAAAAAUACAGUUGAUCCCAAGCUGACUGCCGUGGCCGAGGAAACGAAUAGUCAAUGUAGCCGUCGUGAAACUGUAAUCAAGGAAAAAAUGCUACAAACCGAUACAAGACUUGCCAAAUUUAUUGGCAAUAUUGUUAUACACUUUACCAAUGGCACGCAUGAAGCUCAACGUGUGGGAGAAAAUGUUGUGGAGGAUAUUUUCAAUUCCUAUGUGGUGAUAUUGACAGCAAUGCUGUGUACGUUGAUAGCUUCGUUCAUUUUUAUUGCUCUAAUGCGUUGGUUGGCCGCUCCCUUCCUUUGGACGUCGAUAUUUGGUGUGUUGGUGGGUUUGGCUGUGGCCAUUUACUAUUCCAUUAAACAGUAUACAUUUUAUCAUCGCGAAGCAACAGUGCCACAGCAUUCAUUGAAUCUAAAUUCUGCUGUUAAAAAUAUAUUACAGGACGAACGUCUGUGGCUAUAUCUAAGCAUCUUCCUUUGUGUAUUCCUGGUCAUACUAUUACUGUUGCUAAUAGUUCUGCGUAGCCGAAUUAGCAUUGCUGUUGCCCUCAUCAAAGAGGGCAGCAAAGCUGUAUCCAGUGUCAAAUCGACUGUCUUUUUCCCCAUAUUUAUAUGGAUUCUCUUUAUAGCUGCAAUUGUAUAUGCCCUUGGUGUUGGCUUAUAUUUGGGUUCGAUUGGCAAAAACUCAUUCCGAAUGAUACGACAAUUGGAUUCGAAUAGUCUAACCGGUGUCUCACAAGAGAAUUGCAUAUGUGAUGGACCAGCUAUUAAUUACACCGUGGGAGCAGCAUGUGACCCGACAACGUUCGAGCAAAAUUGUUAUAUUGGCGAUACAACAUUGGUUGGCUUAUUCCGGCAAUCGCAGAGAGCACCCUGUGUCAAGACCAUGUGUAGUUUUGUUGAAGUGGAACACACAACCCUGGUCAAUUGGUUCAUUGUUUUCAAUGUAUUCGGCUAUUUGUGGUUGACUUUCUUCAUUGAUGGCUUCAGUGAUAUGGUAUUGGCCUGUACAUUUGCCACAUGGUAUUGGACCUUCAAGAAAAAGGAUGUACCCUUCUUUACGCUGACAAAAUCAAUCUUCCAGACAACAUUCUAUCAUUUGGGUACCUUGGCGUUUGGAUCGCUCAUUUUGGCCAUAUGUCGUUUGAUACGUUUAAUAUUGGAAUAUAUCGAUAGGAAAAUUAAAAAGUACGACAAUGCCUUGACCCGAGCCAUACUAUGCUGUAUGAAAUGCUUCUUUUGGCUAUUGGAAUCAUUUUUACGGUUCCUCAGCAAGAAUGCCUAUAUAAUGUGUGCCAUACAUGGUAAAAACUUUUGCAGCAGCGCCAAGGAUGCUUUCAAUUUGACAAUGCGUAACUUCUUGCGAGUCGUUACAUUGGACAAAGUCACCGAUUUCUUGUUUUUCAUGUCAAAGCUAUUGAUAACCGGUGCAGCUGGCGUAGCUACUUAUUUCUUUUUGUUAAAUAAUCCAUCCGUUGUACAAUUGCAUUAUAAUGCUGUACCCACAGCAAUUGUGGCCAUUUUGGCAUUCCUCAUCACCACAGUCUUCUUUAGUGUUUACUCGAUGGCAGUGGAUACCUUGUUCCUGUGCUUCCUUGAAGAUAUUGAAAGACACGAUGGUUCGCCAGAGAAACCGUACUAUAUGUCCAAAACGCUAAUGAAAAUUUUGGGCAAACGUAACAAAACACCCAAGAGGAAUCCAUAAAACG